AUGCACUCUCGUCUAGCCUCCCCUCUCGUGCUCCCUUGUCUCCUACCCAUCUUUCUCUCGUGCUCCCUCGCAUGCCCUGUUAUCCCCGGCCAAAGCCUCGAUUAUGGCAAUUCCCUCUCUCGUGCCAGGCCACUCAUUCCCUCUCCAUCCCUCUCGCACACCCCCUCUCAUACACACUCAUCCCCUCUCCAUCCCUCUCGCACACCCCCUCUCAUACACACUCAUCCCCUCUCCAUCCCUCUCGCACACCCCCUCUCAUACACACUCAUCCCCUCUCCAUCCCUCUCGCACACCCCCUUUCAUACACACUCAUCCCCUCUCCAUCCCUCUCGCACAUCCCCUCUCAUACACACUCAUCCCCUCUCCAUCCCUCUCGCACACCCCCUCUCAUACACACUCAUCCCCUCUCCAUCCCUCUCGCACACCCCCUCUCAUACACACUCAUCCCUUCUCCAUCCCUCUCGCACACCCCCUCUCAUACACACUCAUCCCCUCUCCAUCCCUCUCGCACACCCCCUCUCAUACACACUCAUCCCCUCUCCAUCCCUCUCGCACACCCCCUCUCAUACACACUCAUCCCCUCUCCAUCCUUCUCGCACACCCCCUCUCAUACACACUCAUCCCCUCUCCAUCCCUCUCGCACACCCCCUCUCAUACACACUCAUCCCCUCUCCAUCCCUCUCGCACACCCCCUCUCAUACACACUCAUCCCCUCUCCAUCCCUCUCGCACACCCCCUCUCAUACACACUCAUCCCCUCUCCAUCCCUCUCGCACAUCCCCUCUCAUACACACUCAUCCCCUCUCCAUCCCUCUCGCACACCCCCUCUCAUACACACUCAUCCCCUCUCCAUCCCUCUCGCACACCCCCUCUCAUACACACUCAUCCCCUCUCCAUCCCUCUCGCACACCCCCUCUCAUACACACUCAUCCCCUCUCCAUCCCUCUCGCACACCCCCUCUCAUACACACUCAUCCCCUCUCCAUCCCUCUCGCACACCCCCUCUCAUACACUCUCAUCCCCUCUCCAUCCCUCUCGCACACCCCCUCUCAUACACACUCAUCCCCUCUCCAUCCCUCUCGCACACCCCCUCUCAUACACACUCAUCCCCUUUCCAUCCCUCUCGCACAUCCCCUCUCAUACACACUCAUCCCCUCUCCAUCCCUCUCGCACACCCCCUCUCAUACACUCUCAUCCCCUCUCCAUCCCUCUCGCACACCCCCUCUCAUACACACUCAUCCCCUCUCCAUCCCUCUCGCACACCCCCUCUCAUACACACUCAUUCCCUCUCUUUCAUCCCCUCUCAUCCCCUCUCAUCCCCUCUCAUCCCCUCUCAUCCCCUCACAUACACUCUUAUACACUCUCAUACACUCGCAUUCACUCUCAUACGCUCUCAUCCCCUCUCAUCCCCUCUCAUCCCAUGUCACUCCCUCUAA